CAUCAAACGAACUAAAGGCCCGUUGCGGCUUCAGCCGUCCUACAUCUGUUCAAUUAUUGCAAUAAAAAUUAACUGUUUAUAAAAGGUUUAUUGGUGCCUACCCGUGAAAACUGCACACUGGUUCGCCAUAAUGGAUUGGUGGAAAUUGUUUGCGCUUCUGGUAGCUGUUGCUUCAAUUUCUCCAACUGCAGAAGGAGCGAAGAAAAAAAUUCGUAUACAUCUGCCACAGAAGGUAAAACACAUCCAUCACCAUAAGAAGAUUUAUAUAACGAACCACCCUGCGUCCUCACACUAUGCGCCCGCAUACAUGCCAACGGCGGAGGGCGCGGUGGCGGUGCCGACGUCCAUCGCGCUGCCGGCGGCCGGCUCCAGCCUGGUGCCGCUGAAGGGAGAUCCGUACGAGGAGCGGCCGAGCCCCGCAACUCACUCCACCAAACUGAUGCCGCUGUACCACAACCGCGGGUACUACGGGCCUCAGCCAAAUGCCGAUGCAGAUGAACAGGAGUACGACAUCGUGUCUCCCUCCGACCACCCACCGCGCUACAUCCCCACAGCCUUCUCUGCACCUUCCGCCCCGGCAGCCACCUACCCACCCAAAAGGGUCAAGGUGAUCAAAGUUAAGGAUGCACCACCUCGUAAAGCAAAAUCUAAAGUGCGAAAGCCUAAAAGACCUGUCAGUGAGGCUCCACUCGUUGACGAGGAAGCUCCGGUGUCAACUUUUCACGAACAGUUUUAUUCAGAUGUAGACGGAGCUGGAACUGUAAAGAAAAUAAGGAAACCAAAACGAGUUGAAAAGAUUAUUGAUGGUAACACUGAGCAUAUUCAUACGUAUAGCGAAGAGCAUAUUCAUAAAGUAGUGUAUGAUGACCCAAAGUAUGGAGGCGUGGGACCGAGUGCCAGUAUGUCCGGCCACGCCCCGCACUCUCUGCUGCCUCUCAGGAACCAUCACUUAUUGUCACUGGCUGAACAAGAUCCCUACUCCAGACCAGCCUACGGUUCACUAGGCACUCCGUCACAUAUGGAGUUUGCUGCAUAUAAUCCAAGGGAAGUCACACACGAUCAUAUAUUCCAUGAUCAUGGGGAAAUUCCUCCUAAUGUGGAUCUAACAAAGGACAGUUUGAACCUGCCCCCGAAGGCUUCAUUUACAGCUAACGGUUUAAAGAUAGCUGAAUACAAACGUCCGGUUUCAAAGCCAAAAUACCACGGCAACAGGAAUAGCAAGCCUACGCGGCCACCUCCGCAGACUAUAGACUUUUCUUAUUAUGAAAACAUAUAUACAGCCACGGGAAGGCCAAAGCCACACAGACAACCAGCCAGUUACAGUGACUAUUCAACCGAAAGCAACGUAGACCACUUUAGGCCCAUCCCAGCAUUCCGGUUUAAAGACACUAAGCCGAAGUCUGUAGAGAAUAACCCUUACUACGGGCACGCAGUGGGGAACCCGAGCAACGUGUACCAGCUGCGGCUGCCGAGCCAGCCCUCGCCCUUCUCUGCCGCCAGCCAACACGACUACGCCGGUACUGGCUUUGCCGGAUCAAAGCCUGCCACUGCGGGCUUCUCCAACUUUAAAGAUCCUUUCAGUUCAUACAAAGGUUCCUACUCCAACAAUUACGAUCAUGAUAGUACAUUUGCCUCCUCGUCAAAUGCCGAACCCUCAAACUGGAAUAGUCAAGAUCAGAGAGAUAAGAAAAAGAAGUCCAUUUCAACACAGAACGUCAAAUUUGGUGGGCGAGAUCUAAAGACUAUAGUGGAUCAUCUAGCGGAGGCAUCAGAGCUUCAACCAGUAAUAAAAGAGAAUACGGCUGAUAAUGCCCAGUAUGAGGAGCAAGGCGCCCCUACUACACACUACACAAUAACAGAAAAAUCUCCUCUCUACGACUACUACAGCAACAUGGCACUGAAAGCGUUCCAGGAGCACACGGCGGUAUCAAUGCCUGAGGCAUCCAACAACAAUUAUCAAUUUGCAGUGGCUCCGGGUACGUCCCCUGCACCUUCCCUAGUCACUCCCGCAGAAAGCACGACACCCGCGCCCACCGCGAGCGCGCCCGCCCGCACCAAGCGCCGGAGACAGAGGAAUAAGCCCAGCAGACCCACCGAAGAGACGAGGCCGCCGCUCGACGAGCCCACGCCGACGUCGCUGCGGCUGCGGCCCGCCGCGCACGCGCAGGGCUUCAAGCGCACCCGCACCGCCACGCCGCCGCCGUCCUACGUCGACCACACAGAUGACUCGCCGAGACCCACAUACAAGUACGGUGAUAAAAUAUGAACAAAACUGUGGUUGUAGUGGUAAAAGUGCGUCAUCUUGUCUGAACAAUACCAAAUAGUGAGUGAUAGUUAUAGCUCUGUUUGUGUUAGUAUCGGAACUAAUUAAUAUCUUGUAAAUAAUCUUUUAUGAAUCAGUUGUGUGAGUGUAACACGGUGGAAUUCAUGCAUUUUAAUACUAUCUUAAUGUUACCAUAAUAAUUUAAGGAAAAUCUGCCAAUAAAUGGUCGAGGUAG